CAUCAACUUCCUCCACAACACUCAACUAUUCACUCAUGCCAGCCAGUCAACACCAGUCCAACUCAAAAACUGGAGAUUCUGCUCAGGAGAAGGGCAAAUCGAAACAACAACUCUCAGUGGCAGAUGAAGAAAUCGAGCAGGAACGACAAACUCACCUACGGACAAUCGAAUUACUUGAUCGAGUCGCAAAUGGUGAAAAAGCUGCUGGUCGACUACUUCCCGCCGACCUACUAGAAGACCCUCUUGAUGCACAUCUCUUAUACGUACGUUGGACUUUGGACACGUAUGGCCCACAGGAAGAAAAUCUGAAAAAGAAUCUGAUCAUCAUCCUCGAACAAUCGACGCGUCGGUUUGUCAACGAAAAACAAUAUCGAUCAGAUUUAAGAUAUCUCAAACUAUGGGUUUUAUAUGCCAGACAUUGUUCGAAACUUGGUGCAACGAAGAUAUACGAAUAUCUAAACUCUAAAGAGAUUGGCAUCGAUUUUAGCAUGUUCUACGAGGAAUGGGCCAGCUCAGUCGAUCAACAUCCAGAUAAUCUCAAGACAAUCGAAGAAAUCUUUGAUCUUGGAAUUCAGCGUGGAGCAGAACCUCUUAAUCGAUUGAAGAAAAAGAAGAUUUCAGUCUUAAAACGCGUCUCGCAAUCCACUUCAGAUAGAUCACCACAGCCACCAACCCCAAAUUGCAAUGAGCUUUGCGACGAUCCUCUGAAAAACCAUCGGAUUAGUUCAUCUGCUGAUCCACCGAAAAAUCCAACUGAGCCUCCCCUCAAAAAGCCUCCCGCACCCACCACUCAAAAAUUAGCAUUGGACCUUUCCAAGUUAUACCCCGGCGAUGGAGUUGAGAUAAGUCCAGAGGAAUACAAAGCAACACAGCAAUACGGUUCUCGGCGUUGGGGCGUCGAACCUUGGGAAGUAGAGGCAUCCACCAGCGGCAAAUGGUACCAUUAUAAUCUCGAUGGCACCCCUAUACUUUACGAUCCGGUAUCGCAAGAGCCCCUUUUUGAUUAUCUCAAAGCUAGCUCUUCGGCAUCGAGUGAGAUGCAACUCAGUGACGACGAAAACCUAGUCCACGAUUUGCUUGACUCGAAGUCGGAUUCCUCAGAGAUUCCGCCUACGGAGGCAGAUCAAUCCAUGGCGGACAGUGAGCCAAUGGAAAAUUUGAACCUGGCGAAUAUAACAACUUCCACGGAUGAGGAUCUUGACGACGAUGUUUCAGGACAAGAGGCUAUUGCUGACGCGGAAAUAUCCAUCAACUUAGACUCACCAGUCCGAAAUGACUCAGUCGGCUAUAUCAAACCGCGUAAUAGGCGUGCAUCCGUUACUAUGAACACUCAAGAAGCCAUCAAUGAAGUUUACAACAUGUACGGUAAACCAGCCAAGAACAGUGACGAAUCGGAUGAUAAUUUCGAUAACAGUGACCUUGGGGAUGAUGAUCGCUUAUAUGACGAAAAUACUGCAUACACUGUCGCCGGAGUUCGUGACGCCACUGCAGACGUCACAUUUUGGUCUCAACCUCAGCAAACCUCCAAUCCUAAUGACGAAAAUCACCUGGGUAAUUAUAACCCAGCUCAAUUCCAAGACGAAAAUGCCUUGGCUUGCCGUCAGCCACUCAAUGGCUUAUCCUCCUCCUCUGGACCAUCACGGGGACUGGGCGCGUUUAAACCCGUCCGAAAACCGCUCGCUCCUGUUGUCCCUUUUGCGGAUGAGAAUGAAAUUUCAAUGGCUCCUUUUUCUGGUCCCAAACCUACCUACCCCGCCCCUGGAGCUCGUAUCCCACUUGCCGACAAAGCAACGUAUCCUCAGCAACCCCUAACCGAUCGCGAAGCUCUUGAUGAACGGGAACCAGAUCGCCGAGUGUUGCAGACAAAUAGAUUUCAAUGGGAGCCCGAAAACCCGGCAAAUCAAUUCCCAAAUGAAUACAACACUCCAGAUAUUCAGAAGGAUAUGCCUCUCUUCCCGUCGCAAGAAGAGUAUCAAUCAGAUAUGGACAGAGAAGACGAAGCCGAGUACGAGAACAAUCAUUACCAAUAUGAAGAUGAUGUUGAUAGAGAGGACCGGUUGAUAGCCCGGCCACUUCGGUUUGUUCCUACGGGCGAUAACUUCAAUGCGCUUACUCCAAUUACUGAACGGACAAGUGAAUACAAUUCGAUGACUGCGCCUAGAUACGUCAACAGAAUUCAAGAGGCUCAAUUCUCACUGCACCAACAAAGAACAGGAAAGUUUCCAGGAGUUGUUUUUGAUGACGAUGACGACGAAGCCGAAUUGACACCAAAACCCAAUCAUCUGAACGACGAAAACUCCGGUCAAGACUCAUCUUAUCCCAAUGAGAACUUUCCUGAUCAUCGAGGGCCUGGACAAAUGUUUGCAAAAGCGUGUGAGAUCAGAGAUUCACCGUAUCGAUUACGCCACUCACUGGAAACACCCUCCAAGAUUGUCGCCCAGUUGCAACAUUCAAGUCUUCCCCGCGCACCGAAUUCCCUCUCACGGUCACCGGAAAACGAUCAUGAUAAUGAUUCCGUGAUGGCCUCGCCAUUGCGAACCUACUCGAAGCAAUACAUCCCUCCCUCCCCAACGACCAUUCAGGCAUGCGAACCUUGCAAUCCAUUUGCCCCAGAUAUUGUGAAUAUUCUACUAGAAGGACUUGACCCUCCAUUGGAUAGCUAUCCUGGAUAUCAAUCAUUAGUCGAUCACCGGUCUGAAAAGUUACAGCAAUUACGGAAACGCUGUAAAACCCGGAAUCGUAAACACUCCCACGGCAGUGUGACCGCCGAAGAAGCUCUAUGGGAAGUGAAUCUAGGCGAUGAUCUGUAUAUUAUUUACGAGAAACUAGGGGAAGGCACUUAUGGAUCGGUCUUCAGGGUUAGUGAGUCAGUCGAGGAGGAUUGCACUGCGAUGUACGAAGACAAUUCGAUUCAGAAAGCCAUGAAAGUUGAAAGCCCUCCGAAUCUGUACGAGUUUUCGAUCCUCUCUCAACUCCAUCAGACGCUAUCCGAAAGGCUAUGUGAGUCGAUAAUCAAGCCACACAAACUAUACGCAUAUGCCGACGAGAGUUUCCUCGUGAUGGAUUACUCGGAUCAAGGCACUCUACUCGACAUCGUCAAUCGGGCGGCAGAGAUCGGAAUCAAGCCGACUGCACCAGGAAUCGUUAGAGGGGUGGAUGAGCUGGUGGCGAUGUUCUUCACCAUCGAAUUGAUGAGAGUAGUCGAAGGACUGCAUGAAGCUGGAUACAUACAUGGGGAUCUGAAGGUGGACAAUUGCAUGGUCAGAUUACAAAGCAUACCUGGCGGUAACAAAUCGUGGCUGUCAACCUAUGAUCCACAGGGCCAGAAUGGAUGGAGUUAUAAAGGGUUGAAGUUGAUUGAUUAUGGACGGGCGAUCGAUACCGGAGUGUUCCCACCUUCCCAAGAAUUCAUCGCGGAAUGGGAGACCGAUGAGUACGAUUGUCUGGAGAUGAGGACCGGGAAAGCGUGGAGCUUCCAGCCGGAUUAUCACGGGAUUCUUGGGAUCGCUCAUUGUUUGCUCUUCGGCUCAUUUAUGACCGAGAAAGAUUCGAUCAAACCUGGGUUUAAGAGGUAUCAUCAGACCGAACUUUGGGCUAAUCUUUUCGAGGUUUGUCUCAAUCCUUCUCAUAUCCCGAAUACUCUCGACUUGAGAUCCGUCCGAUUUCAAAUGGAAGAUUGGUUACAAAACAAUUGUGAGAAAGGCGGUAAAAGUUUGAAAGGUCUCUUGAAAAAGAUCGAAGUGGCUUCCCUCUCUUACCAUUAGUUUAUAUUUGGUUGUUAAGGAUGAUGAUUUUACUUUGUUGGAAACUCACAAUUCUUCAAUAUCUCAUGUCCUACUUUUCCCAAAUCAUUCAGGAUCUUUUUUUUU